AUGUCUAACGAAAGCACAGGCAGUGCCUCGCCCUUGCGUGGGCGACAGCGCAGGCGCUCAACAAGUCCGCUGCACCAAGUGCAUACCGCUAGCUCUGACGACUCAUACAUCGAAUCUGAUGCCGAUGACCACAGCUCCCGAUCCUCGCCUGCACCUGUACCAAACACUUUGCGCCACCGCCGCAAUUCCUCGAGAAUCGACGAUGUCGCGCCGUUAAAGAUCAAGAAGAAGCCGUUGAAAGGCAAGCCAUAUCUGUCCGUCAACACGAUGCAGCUGUCGAGCCCCCGCUCCGUGCGGCUGCUGAUCGCUUCGAUCGGCAAUGUCAAACCUUAUCACUCGACUAGGCAUUCCGCUGGCCACUUUCUGCUGGACGCACUGCGCGUAAGACUGGGCAUCGGACCACUGGUCAAAAGCAACUUUGGCUUGAUGCGCAGCGGCGUAGAUGCCGGCCACCCACAGUAUACGCUCUGGCAGAGUGUGAGCGCCAUGAAUGUCUCUGGCGAGAAACUUCUGAAAGCCUGGAAAGCCUUCGCCGCGGAACACGAUCAGGCCGACACUGUCACAGGUCUGGUUGUGCUGCACGACGAGCUCGAGCUAGUGCCUGGUAAGUUGAAGCUGCGGCGAGGUCCAACGAGCCCAGCGGGCCACAAUGGCAUCAGGUCAAUUCAGGAUAAGUUUCAUGGCAAUGGGAUCAUGAAGCAGCUUGUUGAUAAGCGAUACUUCAAGAUCGGAAUUGGGAUCGGUCGGCCCGUGAGCCGAGAUAAAGAUCAGGUCAGUGGCUAUGUGUUGGGCCAGCUGACGGGAAAAGAGAAGCAGGAGAUCGCCAGUAAGGGUGAUGAGCUGGUGCAGAUGCUGGACAGGGAGGUGGAGACUCUGUCGACUUCAGCGUAA